GUGUCGUGGGAGUGUGGAGAAAAAUCUGGUUCCAGCAUGUCAGAUCUGUGGCUCAAGUGGAAUAGUCAGCUGGAACUUUUGAGUUCCUUGGAUAAUUUGCUUGAGACUGAGAGCUUUGUGGAUGUCACUAUUGCUGUAGAAGGACAGCUUCUUAAAGCACAUCGUGUUGUCCUUUGUGCCAGUAGUCGAUAUUUGAACUCCAUUCUGCGAUCUAAUACAGCACCACAUCCAAUAAUAUUCAUGAGGGAUGUAAAAUUUGUGGAAAUGAAAACAAUUUUAGACUUCAUAUAUAAGGGAGAAGCAUAUGUGGCACAAGAAAAUAUUCAAGGAGUUUUGAAAACUGCAGACGCUCUUAAAAUAACAGGACUGUCCAGCAUUUCAUGGACGGAAUCUCCAAUGAACUGUGUGCAGGUAGAUGAGGCUUCUCAGUGUGACAUAUCAAACUGCCAGGCUGAAUCAAAACCUUCUGACAACUUUAAUGUGCAGAGGGAAGCACAAGAGCUGUUGCCAAAGCUGAAUGACAAUUCACUUUCAGGAUAUCAGAGCUUAGAAGAAGGAAGUGAACAAGCCUCUAAGAAAGAGACUAAUGUUGGUGCAGAUACCCAGGAACAUAUAGGAAAAUUAACUGAGAACUGCGAAGCAACAAAAGUGGCACAUGUUUCAACAUUGGAAGAUGGUGAAACACUGAUGGUACUGGAAGCACCACCUAAUAUAUCGAUCGCCUCUGUCCCUGCGACCCCAGCAAGACCUAAGCCAGCAGCAAGACAGUAUACUAAGGAGGAUCUUAAAUAUGCUUUGGAACUGAUACAUCAGGGUCAGCUGGGAAUCAAGCCAGCAGCUAGAGCAUUUAACAUACCUGCAGCAACUUUACAUCAUGCAGCACGGCGAAGCAAGAUCUCAAGUCCAAUGCAGCAAGGAGGAAAUCGUGCUGUAUCUCACUGCAGUAAAAUAAAACCUGCCAUCAGUGGACAUAAGACCUGAAGUUUUGUGAGAUCAUCAGUAUAUAUCAUGUGUGUUUAAGAAGAAGAAAAAUAAUUCCUAUGGUGUGACUGGGUACUGACUCUCCACCAUGACCUCAGAUUCAAAUGUGUGAAAGAUGUAAUAAUUGUGUUUGAAUAUGUAUGUAAAGGCAAUAUUACUUUAAUUGCAUUGCUAUUCAUUUGUCUCCUC